AUGAGUUUUCUCAGCUCGGUUCUCUCGUCCAUAGAAUCGGGGACCCCGACUUCUUUCCCACCGCCAACUUCGCGACCUGUACUUUCUCCACCCCCCAAGCCCGACUCCAGGAAGUCGACUCCCUCAACAUCUGGCCCCAGCCGCCUCACUACCAAUAAUCAUGCCUCGGCAGGCACAAAGCGGAAAGCCGAUGAUCUGAUGCGCCGACCCGAAAAGUCGGUUUCAUCAUCGUCCACGACAAACGGAAAUGAGUUGAAAUCACGACCGAAGGCGCCGAUCAAAGCGCAUGCCACAUCCGCUAAGCCCACCCCUCCUGCAGUGCCGUCGAAGCCACCGCCAAAGGGCUCUUUUGCGGAUCUGAUGGCUAAAGCUAAGGCGGUCCAAAAGGAAGCACCGAAAGUCGGAGUGCUGAAGCACCAGGCAGCUCUGCCCAAAGAGAAGAUUAGCAAGUCGGAGAAAAAGAGGCGCAUGGAGGCAAUGACCAAACAGAAAGAGGCGCCCCGCCCAGGGAAGAAGCCCGGUGUUGUCUUGGGUACCGCUGCAGGACGGAGUGAUACUAAAGCUGGUGUCGAUGCAUCUUCCAAGAAGCGAGAAGCGGGAGAGAAUGCUUACAAAGGAACUUCUCGCGCUCCUCAACCUGUAAUCUAUAAAGGAACGUCGAACCUACCCACACGACAUGGCGACGCGGGCCGCGAUCGACGGCGGGUUCCUCGUCGUGACGAAUACCUUGGCACGGAUGAAGAGGAUGAAGGAGACUUCUACGGAGAUUACGAUGAUUACUACUCUGACCAGUCGUCGGAUAUGGAGGCUGGUUAUGAAGACAUGGAAGAAGAAGAAUACGAAGCACUACGAGUCGCGCAGAAAGAAGACGCGGAAGAUAUUCGGAAGGAGGCAGAAGCAAAGAAGGCGAAGCUCGAGCGAAAGCAGAAACUGGCUGCUUUGGCACGGUCGAGACGCUAA